GAAGAACUUGUCAGUUCCUGUCAAUAACUUCAUUUAUUUUUCAAUUUCCAUCCCCGUUCCUUUGUGUGUGCGCGUUCCAAGUGCGGAGUCGCUUGCCCUAAGACGACACGAGCCUUCUUCUGGGUCCAUGAUUCGUGCUGAAGACCUCACCUCAACCACGCACGCUUGGAAUGCCAGAGCCAACAGCACUCUUCCAAUUCACCAUGCUCCUCGAGAAUUAUUCUGCUAAUAACGAGUAUGAAGUAAAUAAGAUGGGCCCAAUAAUCUCCUUGCACAAGUGGCAUUUUUCGCACGGACAUACGGACUGGAAAUGGAGAUGGAGAUGGCCACGGAUGGCUCACGUCUUGGAUUCGAUGACUAGCCCCAACUCUACACGACCAGAUCAUUACAUUAUCACCUCCUCCAGCUAUACUACAUUGAUGCACAUUCCGUUGAUGACAUCAAUCAUUAUCAUCAUUGACAAGAUGGCCUCCAGCACAUUAAAGAAAAUAAAUGAGAUCGCUUGAAGAAAUGAGAAGAUAUCCGGCACGUCA